AUGGCAUGCUUGGAUUCUAGAGAUUCAUUUUCUGCAUUUGAUGUCAAGAAGCUGGUUCGCCUUGCAAAGCUUUACCCAUCUGAAUUUUCUGAAGUAACUUUGCAUGAACUUGAAAGUCAGCUAGAUAACUUUAUUUUUGAUGUGCGCUUAGAUGAAAAGUUCUCAGAAUUAUCAGGGAUUGGAGCUGCUACUGCUACAGUAGAAAGAGCUUUUUCAGCUAUGAAGUUCAUAAAGAGUGCUCUACGCAAUCGUAUGGGAGAUAAGUUGUUGAAUGAUUGUCUGAUAUCUUACAUCGAAAAGGAUGUAUUUACUAUAAAGUCUGGCUACGUCACUGGGAAGAAGCAUGAGAUUAUCCCGGCAAUGAGAAGCUAA